AUGGCGCAACCCUCAUUUAAGCCAAGUGUCAAUGUUCUCAAAUAUGGACCGUGGUUACAAAAUGCCCAGAUAUCUGGCAUCACGCCACUAGCUCCCCUCUUCCCCAAAUCUAAGAUUGAUCCAACAGAACUCGAUGUUAGACAGCGAAUCGAGGAGUUUCAGCGGGAGAAAUUUGAAGGAUUUAUGGCGAGAGAGCUAGCGGAUAUGGAUGUGAUAACCGACAGAAAAUUGAAAAGUCCGACAUUGGAUAACCCUAUUAUGCCAAUUUAUAGACAGGAGAGAAGGGAAUUGCAACCUUCUCAACCGUAA